AUGUCGGCAUCAGACAGUGCCGAUGAGAAGCAACCUGUUGCUCAGCAUGUGGACAGUGUCAGGAGUCUCGUCACCAUCGACAAUAUCCAAGUGCUCGGUCUGAGUCGCGAGGAUACCCAGUUCUACACAGAUUUCUCGGCGGAACAGAAAAAGGCACUACUGUGGAAGAUCGAUAUUCGCUUGGUGCCAAUGCUGGCUGUGCUUUACUUGAUUUCUCAGAUUGACCGAGCCAACAUCGGCAAUGCAAAGAUUGAAGGACUCACGGAAGACUUACGACUCAGUGGCAUCCAGUAUAACAUUGUAUUGAGCAUCUUCUUCGUUCCCUAUGUGCUUCUGGAGGUACCGAGUAAUAUGCUGCUCAAGAGCUUUUUCAGGCCUUCAAUCUAUCUGGGAAUUCUCAUUACUGGCUGGGGAAUUGUGAUGACCCUAACAGGCAUUGUACAAAACUUCGCUGGCAUGCUCGUCACUCGUCUCCUACUGGGUGUCUUCGAAGCAGGAUUCUACCCCGCAGCAGUAUAUCUAUGCACAUUCUGGUAUAUGCCCAAGGACCUCGCCUACCGCAUUUCGAUCUUUUACUGUGCUAGUGCUCUCUCCGGGGCUUUCUCGGGUCUUCUAGCCGCCGGCAUUGCCCAAAUGGAUGGAAUUGGCGGCCAGGAGGGUUGGCGGUGGAUUUUCCUGCUAGAGGGACUUGCGACGGUAGUUCUUGGAGUGAUGUGUUUCUUCCUGCUGAUUGAUUCACCGAGCACAUCGAGCAAGUGGCUUCGCCCCGACGAAAUACGAUACCUUGAGCUGCAACAUUUCAUUAAAGAAGGCGGCGAUUUCAAACAAGAAAGGAAGAGGGUUUCAUGGGAGGAGCUUAAAGCUGUCUUUCUCAACUGGAGGCUGUAUAUGAUGGCGUACAUCUUGCUCUGCCAAUCUGCCUCCGCCUACGGCCUCAAAUUCACCAUGCCUACCAUCACGAAGGCCAUGGGAUUUACCAAUACCAACGCGCAACUCAUGGUUGCGCCCCCUUAUAUCGCGGGUGCCAUCUCCGCCAUCUGUUUCUCUAAACUGUCUGACCGCUUCUACUGGCGAAUGCCCUUCGUUGUGAUACCAUUGGCGGUGGUCACGAUUGGCUACUCAAUCGUUAUCUCGUUCCAUGGACGAAUGAAGGACAAUGUUGGCCCUAGCUACUUCGCCAUGAUACUUGCAUGUAUGGGGCUGUACCCGGUCCACCCUGCGACGAGCACAUGGUUGGCCAACAACCUGGCUCCGUCUGGGCGCAGAGCUAUUGGCCUUGCAUUUAGUAUCUGCAUUGGAAAUGCCGGUGGCGUGAUCGGUAGUUAUAUGUACAUGGAUAAGGAGGCCCCCACGUAUUAUACCGGGUUUGGCUUGUCACUUGCUUUCGGUGGGUCUGGUUUGAUUGUAGCGCUUCUGCUGGAGCUCUCAUUUAUUUAUGCCAACCGGAGGAAGGCAGCCCAGUCUGAAUCGGAGAUCAGAGAGCGGUACACAGACGAUCAAUUGUUGGCAAUGGGUGACAAGUCUCCUCUAUUCAAGUACACUCUGUGA